CUGCCUCUGGUGUUGUUGAUCACAAGAAAAUACAGGGGGAAAGCCAGUGCUCCAUCUACAAGGUGUGUGGAUGUAUCAAGUGCUACACCAAUGAGUUCCGUGUAUAUGUCGAGGAAUCUGAAUGCUCCGAGUGUGAUGAGUUCCAACGCUGCCUACGAUACAGCAGUUGAUGAAGAAGCAGUUACUGUUGAGCAUAGUUAUGAGACAGUCCCUUAACCUCAGUCUCCUCUUUCUAUGUUUUUUAGUAUAGCUAUAUCACAC